CGCAGGCUGGCGCGGCGAGCAGCAACCAUGUCGAUGUUAGGGAAGCUGUUCGAGGCUGGAGGGGUUAAGGCCGGCAAGGGCGGCCCGACCCCCCAGGAGGCCAUCCAGAGGCUUCGGGACACGGAGGAGAUGUUAAGUAAGAAGCAGGAAUUCCUGGAGAAGAAGAUCGAACAGGAGCUGACGGCCGCCAAGAAGCACGGCACCAAAAACAAGCGCGCUGCCCUCCAGGUACUGAAGCGCAAGAAAAGGUACGAAAAGCAGCUGGCACAGAUCGACGGCACGCUGUCAACCAUGGAGUUCCAGCGAGAGGCCCUGGAGAAUGCCAACACCAACACCGAGGUGCUCAAGAACAUGGGCUAUGCCGCCAAGGCCAUGAAGGCUGCCCAUGACAACAUGGACAUCGAUAAAGUUGAUGAGUUAAUGCAGGACAUUGCUGACCAGCAGGAACUUGCAGAAGAGAUUUCAACAGCUAUUUUAAAACCUGUAGGGUUUGGAGAAGAGUUUGAUGAGGAUGAGCUCAUGGCAGAAUUAGAAGAACUAGAACAGGAGGAACUAGACAAGAAUUUGCUGGAAAUCAGUGGACCGGAAACAGUCCCUCUACCAAAUGUUCCCUCUAUAUCCCUACCAUCAAAACCCACCAAGAAGAAGGAGGAGGGAGACGACGACAUGAAGGAAUUGGAGACCUGGGCUGGAUCCAUUUAACUGGUCCAAUGUGGGCUGAGCCCAGACAGACUCUGGUGGCCUGCGUGGCGGGCAGGCACGUGUGUGUGUGGGGCAGGCAAGACGUGGUGCAGGCAGGUUCCAUCGCUCUCAAAUCUCGCUCCAAAGCAGUAGGGCCGCAUCACUGCUCACUCUGCAUAGCAUGGUCUGCACCCAGC